GCGCGAACGCAUCUGCGCAUGUGUGCGAACACGUCUGCUCUCCAUGGUGGUGGCAGUGGCCAUGGCCGUUGCUCUGUGUCUCCCAGCACCUCCCUCUGGAGAUGCCGGCCUCAUGCUCCCAGAGCCUCAGCCCCUGUGUCAUUCUCCUUUCUGUUACUGCUGACAGCUUUCUUCGGUCUCAUUUGUCACCAAGCCCCGAGUGCACGGUGUCUCCCAGAAUGCCCGGGCCUGCCCCCGACCCCCUGCCAUGGGUGGGAAGUCGUCGGGGGCACUGUGGGGAAGCUAACCUGGCCCCUUCCCCCAGGAGUCCCUGUGCCAGCCCCACCACAUCCUGGAGGAGGAGGGGGCCUCGGGAAGGGGCCUCCCUUACAUCGCUGCUGUCGUCCACGCCCUGCUAGACCGGCCUUAGGGGUGAAGGUGGGGGCACAGGGCCCACCCCGCCUAGGACCCGGGAAGUAGAAGAUGCACCUGGGCUCCAUGCUCUGAGACAUGGGGCCCCUCGGCCUUCAGGCUUGGCCGUCGCUGGGGGUGGAAGGCCCACGGGUGUCGCAGGUGUCGUUUCAACUGCAAUAAACAAGCCAGAAGUCCUCUGGGUGGCCCUCAGGUGUGACUGUGUCUGAGCACGCGCGUCUCGGGG